AUGGAAACAAUUCGUCUACAGUAUCACAGUCGGUUGUUUUUACCUUCGUCAGGUUAUGCACCAGUCGCGUCUUCACUAAACAACUCAUCACCAUUAGGUACUGUCGGUGGCAUUCCAUCUCCAUCGUCAUCAAUACUACAUGGGAUUGGAGAAGUAACUAGUGGAGCUAAUACACCCAGUCUACAUGGUGGUAUUGAGUGGAUGCGUAAAUUAGCAUUCCGUUAUCGUCGCAUACGUGAAAUUUAUAACUGUUCAAGGCACAAUGUUGGCGUUCUUUUGGGUUAUCCAAAGGCAAGUCAUUGGUCUACGUUAAGAAAUAAUCUUGAUAUUCUAACUGAUCACUGGUUAAGCUUAGCCACAAAAGCAACAGAGAAAAUAGCGAAUCGUGAUGACAGUGUUAACAUUCUCGUAACAACAACACAAUUUAUACCAUCAUUGGCUAAAAUUCUACUUUAUGGAUACGGGAAUUCAUUUCGUAUUGAAAAUAUUUAUUCGGCGACUAAAGUUGGGAAGGAAAACUGUUUUGAAAGAAUUUCAUCUCGAUUCGGCAGGAAAUGCACUUAUGUAGUUAUUGGUGAUGGAAAGGAAGAGGAGGAAGCCUCUAAACAGUUUCAUUGGCCAUUCUGGAGAAUAAAUACUCACUCAGACUUGGUCGCUUUAAAUCACGCACUGGAUCUAGGCUAUCUAUAA